AUGUUUUUAAAUAAAAGCUUGCAUCCAUUAUACCGAUAUCAAUAUUUACUGAUUCGCUAUCGGAAAACAAACAAAAACUAUUCGAUUACAUCAUCCUCAUCGAAUAAUUUAAAUUCAACCAUGAAGUCACUUGUUGAUUCAAAACAAUAUGAAAAAGCUUUGAAACUUUUCAAUGAACAAUCUCAAAUUUCAACAGAUUUUACAAUAAACAUGGCAAUAAAGGCUUGUACAAAGCUGCAUGAUUAUCAACAAGGAGUCAACAUUAAAGAAAAGCUUUCAUCAAAAACACUCAACAAUCCGUAUAUUCAAACAUCAUUAAUACAUUUUUAUAUGCAAUGUCAUAAAGUUGAUCAUGGCUAUCAUCUAUUCUCUAAAAUUGUUAACAAAUCAAAUCCAAUGUAUGCAUCAAUGUUUAAAGGUCUAAUUACUAAUAAUAUGUCUGAAAAAGUGUUGGACCUAUUUGAUGAGAUGAUAAUUGAACCUGAUAGUGUAACUCUCACAGUUUUAUUUAAUGCAUGUGCUCAAAUUGCCAACAAUCGAGCGAUGAAGAUUGGGAAAAAUCUUCUUCAUAAAAUGCCUACUAAUUAUCAAAACAACAAUGUUCUACUAAAUUCAGCAAUAGACAUGUUAAUGAAAUUUCGUGAUAUUGAGAAUGCUGAACAUGUUUUUCAAUCAAUGAAGAAGAAAGAUAUUAUUAGUUAUAAUGUGAUGAUAAAAGGAUAUGCUACAAAUGAAAUGUCAGAAAAAGCAUUAAAUUUAUUCGAACAGAUACAUUUAAACUUAGAUAAUGUGACCUAUAUUAUUAUUUUUAAUCUAUGUGCUGAACUUGCAAAUGAUCGAGCGAAAAACAUAGGAAAAAAACUUCUCGUUGAAAUGCCUAAUAACUAUAGAAAUGAUAAUGUUAUUCUAAAUUCAGCAGUGCACAUGCUAACGAAAUUUGGUGAUAUGGAAGGUGCUGAAAAUAUUUUUCGAUCAAUCAAGAAAAAAACAAUUAUUAAUUACGGCAGUAUGAUGAAAGGAUAUGUUGCAAAUGAAAUGUCUGAAAAAGCAUUAGAUCUAUUCGAACAAAUACAUAUAAAUUUAGAUCAUGUAACUUAUACUAUUGUUUUUAAUGCAUGUGCUCAACUUGCUAAUGAUCGAGCAAAGAAAAUUGGAAAAAAACUUCUUGAUGAAAUGCCGAAUAAUUAUCGAGACGAAAAUAUUGUAUUGGCAUCGGCAAUACAUAUGUUAAUGAAAUUCGGUAAUGUUGAAAAUGCUGAAAAUAUUUUUCAAUCGAUUAAGAAAAAAGAUAUUAUCACUUACAAUUCUAUGAUAAAAGGAUAUGUUGCAAAUGAAAUGUCUGAAAAAGCAUUAGAUCUAUUCGAACAAAUACAUAUAAAUUUUGAUCAUGUAACUUAUACUAUUGUUUUUAAUGCAUGUGCUCAACUUGUCAAUGAACAAGCAAAACAAAUUGGAAAAAAGCUUCUUGACGAAAUGCCGAAUAAUUACCGAGACGAAAAUAUUGUAUUGGCAUCGGCAAUACAUAUGUUAAUGAAAUUCGGUGAUGUUAAAGGUGCUGAAGAUAUUUUUCAAUCAAUUAAAAAGAAACAUAUUGUUGCUUAUGGUGCUCUUUUAAAUGGCUAUAAUUCAAAUGAUGAUCCAUCAAAAUGUUUUAAGAUUCUGACAGAAAUGCAAGAUCUUGAUAUUAUUCCCAAUGAGAUUAUAUGGAAUAUAUUAAUCGGUGCAUGUUCACAAAUCGGUAUGCUUUUGAAAGGUCAAUAUAUUGUUGAUCAAAUUCCUUUGCAUAUGCAAACUAAAAAACAAAUACAAAACUCUUUAAUUGAUAUGUGGGGUAAAUGUGGUUCAGUUAAAAAUGCCGAAGAUGUAUAUAAAUCAGUUUCUGAUCGUGAUGCAAUCACUUACAAUGCAAUGAUUAAUACAUUUGGCCGUAAUGGAAUGGGUUUCGAAGCUAUUAAACUAUACAGAGAGAUGCCGAAUAAUCUACGUGAUGAAAUUUCACAUAUUUGCAUUUUAAACGCAUGUUCUCAUUCGGGUCUUCUUGAUCAGGCUCAGAUAAUCUUCAACGAAAUUCCAAUCAAAACAGAAAGAAUCAUCACUAUCAUGAUUGAUUGUUUAAGUCGUUUGUUUGUAUUUGAUGAAGCACAAAAGUUAAUAGAUGAUUAUGAAAAAACGAACGCGCCAUAUUUUGUUAUGUAUAGCGAUCGCUUUGGUAACAUCAGAAUUGGGAAAGCGAAAAUUAAUCGAGAAUUUUAUGGAAAAAAAAUAAAAUGUUCAACUGAAUAA